AUGCCGCCCAAAUCGGCGACCCCAGACCCGCGCUCUAUCACUCUCCUUUUUAAGAAGCACAAGACCACCGUUCUUCUCUCUCUACCGCCACAGACGUCAAUCACAGCCGCGAAAGACGAGCUCCUGGCAGCUCUGAAGUCGCGCAAUGUCACGGAAAUAAACGCAGAUACGGUGCCUUCAGAUCCCACACAUGUUGAACUCGGAGUGCUGGUGGACCGGAGUGACGUAGAAAAAGGCUGGACACCACUUUCUCCGCGGAGUGGUAAUGCAACAAAAGCUGCUGGUGGAAAGAAGGCAUCGCAAGACACGCUUCUUCUCGCCGGGCUUGACAAUGGCCAUCUUGUUGCAUUUCGUUUCCGCGAUCCCAGCGAUGCAUCGGAGGCAGGAGGGGCCGAUACAGAUUCACAGGAUCCUGGAUGGGAUGUCGUGAUUCCAAGCUUCGAUGACGAGGAGGAGGAAUGA